AUGGCUGGGCGAGGAGUGGCUGGCAAUGGCUGGGAGAGGCUGGGAUGGGAGUGGCUAGGAAUGGUUGGGGGAAAACCACUCCUCUCCCAGUCAUUCCCAGCCAUUCCAUUCCCAACCAAUCCUCCCCCAGCCAUUCCCAGACACAGCCCUCCCAGCCAUUACCAGCCAUUCCUCUCUCAACCAUUACCAGUUACUCCUCUCCCAGUCAAUACCAGACAUUCCCCUAACAGCCAUUCCCAGCCACUCCUCUCCCAGUCUCUCCCAGCUACUUCUCCCUCAGCCAUUCCCAGCAACUCCUUCCCUAGUCAUUCCCAGCCACUCCAUUCCCAGCCACUUCUCUCCCAGCCAUUCCUUUCCCAGCCACUUCUCUCCCAGCCACUCCUCCGCCAGCCAUUCCCAGACACUGUCCUCCCAGCCGUUACCAGCCAUUCCUCUCCCAACCAUUACCAGAUACUCCUCUCGCAGCCAAUUCCAGACACUCCCCUAACAGCCAUUCCCAGUAACUCCUCUUCCAGCCAUUCCUAA